AUGUCAGACAACGACAAAUACUCAACUCCAUUAUCUUCAAGAUAUGCAUCUGAAGAAAUGUCAAAAAUCUUCUCCCUUAGAAAUAGAUUUUCAACUUGGAGAAGAUUAUGGUUAACUUUAGCAAUUGCUGAAAAAGAAAUGGGUCUUUCUGUCAUCACCGAUGAAGCAAUUGAACAAAUGAAACAAAAUUUAGAAAUCUCCGAUAAAGAAAUUGAAGAUGCCGCCAAGGAAGAAGCAAUUGUUAGACAUGAUGUUAUGGCUCAUGUUCAUGUUUUUGGUAAUACUUGUCCAGCUGCUUCUGGUAUUAUCCAUUUAGGUGCUACUUCUUGUUUCGUUACUGAUAAUGCCGAUUUAAUCUUCUUGAGAGAUGCUUAUGAUGUUGUUAUUCCAAAAUUAGUUAAUGUUAUUGAUAGAUUAAGUAAAUUUGCUUUAGAACAUAAAGAUUUACCUGUUUUAGGUUGGACUCAUUUCCAACCAGCUCAAUUAACUACUGUUGGUAAAAGAGCCACUUUAUGGAUUCAAGAAUUAUUAUGGGAUUUAAGAAAUAUGGUUAGAGCUAGAAAUGAUAUUGGUUUAAGAGGUGUUAAAGGAACAACUGGUACUCAAGCUUCUUUCUUAUCAUUAUUCCAUGGUAAUCAUGAUAAAGUUGAAGCUUUAGAUAAACGUUUAGUCGAAUUAUUAGGUUUCGAUAUUGUUUAUCCAGUUACUGGUCAAACUUAUUCUCGUAAGAUUGAUAUUGAUGUUUUGGCUCCAUUAGCUUCUUUUGGUGCUACUGCUCAUAAAUUUGCUACUGAUAUUAGAUUAUUAGCUAAUUUGAAAGAAGUUGAAGAACCAUUUGAAAAAUCUCAAAUUGGAUCUUCUGCUAUGGCUUAUAAGAGAAAUCCAAUGAGAUGUGAACGUGUUUGUUCUUUAGCUAGACAUUUAGGUGGAUUAUUCAGCGAUGCUGUCCAAACUGCUUCUGUUCAAUGGUUUGAACGUACUCUUGAUGAUUCUGCAAUUAGAAGAAUCUCAUUACCUUCUGCAUUCUUAACUGUUGAUAUUUUAUUGUCUACCAUGUUAAAUAUCACUUCUGGUUUAGUUGUUUAUCCAAAGGUUAUUGAAAGAAGAAUUAAUUCCGAAUUACCAUUUAUGGCUACUGAAAAUAUCAUUAUGGCUAUGGUUGAAAAAGGUGGAAGUAGACAAGAUUGUCAUGAAGAAAUUAGAGUCUUAUCUCAUCAAGCAAGUGCUGUUGUUAAACAAGAAGGUGGUGAUAAUGAUUUAAUUGAAAGAAUUAAAAAGACUGAAUAUUUCAAACCAAUUUGGAAUGAUUUGGAUACUUUAUUAGAUCCAAGUACUUUUGUUGGUAGAGCUCCUCAACAAACUGAAAAAUUCAUUAAGGAAGAUGUUGCUAAUGCUUUGAAACCUUUUGAAAAACAUAUUACUACUGAAAGUGUCGCCUUAAAGGUUUAG